AUGCCUCGAAUCGCGGAUGUAUCCAAUGUCGAGAAGAAUUUUAUUCUUGAAGCACUAAUAUCGUCCAAAUUACGGCUUGACGGGCGCCAGCUCGAUCAAUAUAGGUCCAUUGACCUCACAUACGGCCAGCAGCUUGGCAAUGCUACGGUCACAUUAGGCAAGACAAAGGUCAAUGUCCAAAUCUCAGCAGAAGUGACCAAACCUUCCGAAGAACGCAAAUUCGAUGGCAUCUUCACAAUCACCACGGAACUCAGCCCGAUAGCCUCUCCUGGAUUCGAGAUUGGUCGACCCACGGAGCAGGAAGUGCUGUUGUCGCGCAUUUUGGAAAAGGCAAUCCGAAGAUCUCGAGCAAUCGACACAGAGUCGUUGUGUAUCGUGGCAGGUCAGAAGUGUUGGUCAGUCCGUGCCGACGUCCACGUAUUAGACUUUGACGGAGGCCUAACCGAUGCGUGCUGCAUUGCCACGAUGGCUGCAUUACACCACUUUCGAAGACCAGAAGUUUCCGUCGAAGGUGAGCGUGUCACCAUACAUACCAUGGCCGAGCGUGUCCCUGUACCGUUAAGUAUUCUUCACUCGCCGAUCUGUGUAACUUUCAGCUUCUAUGCAGAUGGCGAGCUAGUACUUCUGGAUGCAACAGCGAAGGAGGAACAAGUCCGAGAGGCUGAGAUGGUGGUGACAGCCAAUGAUUUCGAGGUCUGCCAGAUUGCCAAGCAUGGAGGAAAGCCAGUGGAUCCAGCCAUUGUGGUGAAGUGUUUUCAGGUUGCCAUUUUCAAAGCGCGAGAGAUGAACAAGUCCAUGCGAGCGAGGCUGACAGCAGACCUGGCUAAAAGAGAUAUUCGUGGUCAGUCUGCAGAAAAUGAACGUGGUGAAGCACCUAUUGGUUGA